UACUACCUCUGCUACCUUUCAUUCCAAGCCAUUGUUCCCUGCACGUUUUUCCAGGCCACAAUGACGGAGAUGAAGAGUUCGCCCUUGAACCUUCAGACAUCUUAGCCGAUUCUUGUGGCACAGAAGGUGAACCUCUGCAAUUUCCAGCCUCGGCGGAGGAGCCAACAUCCCUUUUGCUGUCUGAAGAUGACUGCUCACCUCAGAGGCCUUCAUCCUUCCCACACCCGAGCAUCUUCUUAAACCAGGAGGACUUGGCCAUUCCUCUGGACUUUGAAUUACGUGAGUCAGAUGCUUUCGGCGGUACGGCGGGCAUCUGGAGUCGCAGGAGCAUUUACGUCGGCGAGCGCUUUGGACCAUACCUUGGAGAGCGAAGACCUUCCCUUAGAGAUCCAACUCAAGGCUGGGAGAUCUUGGACGGGUCAGGCCAUGUGAAAUUUUGCGUGGAUGCCAGCAAGCCAGACAUCGGGAGCUGGCUGAAGUACAUCCAGUUCGCCUCCGCCGCCCAGCAGCAUAACCUGACCGCGUGCCAGAUAGAUGAUCAGAUCUUCUACAAAGUCACUCGAGAGAUUUUCCCCGGAGAGGAGCUGCUUCUCUCCAUGAAGGCUGAAGAGUAUUCAUGUGAUAGCAUCAUGGCUCCUGACAUCCAUGAGGAGAGGCAGUACCGCUGUGAGGACUGUGACCAGCACUUUGAGUCCCGCAACCAACUACUGGACCACCAAAUGCAGCAGUGUGGGAUGCCAACUUCCUCUUUCCUUAAUGCAGGAGAGGACAGUGACACUGCCCAGGAACCUCAAGACCUGCGACCCAUCCACUUGUCUCAUGGUCUUCACGAGUGUAAAGAGUGUGACCAGGUCUUCCCGGACAUCCAAAGUCUGGAAGCGCACUCUCUGUCCCACUCUGAGGAGAGGGAAUACAAGUGUGACCAGUGUCCUAAGGCAUUCAACUGGAAAUCAAACCUGAUCCGACACCAGAUGUCACACGACAGCGGCAAGCACUAUGAAUGUGAAAACUGCUCAAAGCAGGUGUUCACAGACCCCAGUAACCUUCAGAGGCACAUUCGCUCGCAGCACGUGGGGGCGCGGGCCCACGCCUGCUCCGACUGCGGCAAGACAUUCGCCACGUCCUCUGGGCUGAAGCAGCAUAAGCACAUCCAUAGCAGUGUCAAGCCCUUCAUGUGUAAGUCACUAAGACCCUACCUAUGUGAGGUAUGCCAUAAGUCCUACACCCAGUUCUCGAACCUGUGCCGCCACAAACGCAUGCAUGCAGACUGCCGAACGCAGAUCAAGUGCAAGGACUGUGGACAGAUGUUCAGCACCACCUCGUCCCUGAACAAGCACCGGCGCUUCUGUGAAGGGAAAAACCAUUUCACAGCAGGGGGAUUGUUCGCCCAGAGUAUGCCACUCCCUGGAGGCCCUGGAAUGGACAAAUCAGCUUUGGCAAUGGGCCACAGCAGCGCCGGAUUGGCUGAUUACUUCGGUGCUAGCCGACAUCAUAGCGGGCUUACUUUCCCCGCCGCGCCAGCGUUCCCGUUCAGCUUCCCUGGUCUUUUCCCUUCUGGACUCUACCACCGACCACCACUCAUUCCUGCCACCUCUUCCCCUGUUAGACAAGCAACUCGCACUGCUGUUGCAGACCUGAGUAAGAGUCCACUGUUGCCUCCCAGCCCUGGAGCUCAGGAGUCCAGAGAGCUCCUCAAGGCCCUCCAUAAGGACAGGAGUUCUCCCGCAAGUCACAUCGCAGCCUCAGAACUUCACAACCAGAGCUUGUUGUCCUCGACGAAGCUGCGCAACAAGCAAAGUGACCAGUCGGAAAGCAGCGAUCUGGACGACGUCAGCACACCCAGCGGGAGUGAUCUAGAAAGUAUGUCGAGCUCUGAGCUAGAAAGCGAUAUGGACAUUGAGAGGGAUAGGGGUGCUGCCCGGGAAAAUGGCAAAAGCCACAAACGGAAGCUGUGUGAGGGAAGCCCCGAGAGCCCCAGCCUGACUAGCAGCGGUUCUGAUAAAAACUUUGCCGGACCGUCCCUAACCCCUUCCUCCCUGGACGAGCACACAGCUGUUACAGGGGCUGUGAAUGACUCUAUAAAGGCCAUUGCAUCCAUUGCUGAGAAGUACUUUGGCUCCACAGGCCUGAGCAGCCUGCAGGACAAAAAGGUUGGGUCCCUGGCUUAUCCCUCCAUGUUCCCCUUGCCUUUCUUCCCAGCUUUCUCUCCUCCCAUGUAUCCUUUCCAAGACAGGGAUGUCCGACCUUCCGGGCUUAAGGGUGAGCUUCAGUUGCAGGCAGAUGGCUGCAAAAAGGCUCAGAACAAAUCUUCAUCAGAGUCCCCGUUUGACCUCACCACUAAGCGAAAGGAAGAGAAACCCGGCCCGCUUUCGUCCUCUAAACCAGAGGCAUCGCUUUCCACCGGCCAGGAUCAGCCUCUAGACCUCAGUCUAGGGACUAGGGGCCGAAAAGAGGAUGAAAAGAAUAAGAGCGUAGGCAAUGAAGAUAGGAAGGCCGGUAUGGAAACUCCAAAGCCUGAUAACUCUUUACAACAUGCCAGGCCAACUCCUUUCUUCAUGGACCCCAUCUACAGCAGGGUUGAGAAGAGGAGAAUGAGUGAUCCGUUUGAGACGCUGAAAGACAAGUACAUGCGACCAGCCCCGGGAUUCCUCUUCCAUCCACAGUUUCGUUUGCCGGAUCAGAACACUUGGAUGUCGGCUAUCGAGAACAUGGCUGAGAAGCUGGAGACGUUUAGCUCCUUGAAGCCAGAGUCCGGGGACCUGCUGCGCUCCGUGCCCUCCAUGUUCGACUUCAGAGCGCCACCCUCGGCGCUCCCUGAGACGCUGCUGCGCAAAGGCAAGGAGCGCUAUACUUGCAGAUAUUGUGGUAAAAUCUUCCCACGCUCUGCCAACCUGACGCGCCACCUUAGGACUCAUACAGGCGAGCAACCUUACAGGUGUAAAUACUGCGACCGCUCCUUCAGCAUCUCCUCCAACCUGCAGCGGCACAUUCGCAACAUCCACAACAAGGAGAAGCCGUUCAAGUGCCACUUAUGCGACCGUUGCUUCGGUCAGCAAACCAACCUGGAUCGCCACCUCAAGAAGCAUGAGAACGGUAACCUGUCAGGCACUGCAAUGUCAUCGCCACAGUCUGAACCAGACGGAAGCAGCGCAAUAUUGGACGACAAAGAAGACUCUUACUUUAACGAAAUAAGAAAUUUCAUCAGCAACACAGGCCAGAGCCAAACAUCACCAGACCCCUCUGAAGAAGGGGUCAAUGGCGUCACUUUAGAUGAAGAAAAGCCUUUGAUGGCCAGCCGUGGGUCACAUGACCUGGUAGACGACGACGCAGAGGAGCUGGGCGCUGACGACGAAGGGGAGGAGCCUGGCGACGCCCUGAACAAACCUCAGGAAGAGAUGCCCUCCGAUAACCUCAGCGGCGACAUCAUCCAAGACGAAAUGGACUUCAGUACGACAAACGGCGUGAGCUGCAAAAUCUCGCCAAGCAGCUAUACACAUGAAGAAGAGCAGAGUGGCUUCUCAGCUUUGGAUCAGAUCCGACACUUUUCCGACAUGCGCAAGCUGGAUGAGAGCGAGAUGAGCGACGGCGAAGGUGACGAUGACGCUCGAUCGUUCGGCCACCCCUCGCUGAGUGAGGCGGUCAAGCAGCCGCUCUUUCGGAAGUCCAAGUCACAGGCGUACGCCAUGAUGCUGUCUCUGGCCGAAAAGGACUCUCUCCAUCCCGCCACGCACACGCCCGCCACCAUAUGGCACAGUCUGGCCCGGGCUGCUGCUGAAUCCAGUGCCCUCCAGUCCCUCAGCCACGUAUGAUGACGCACCCUCACCUUUCAAGUCCCCCCUAUACCCUGACUCAUGGGACCGGGGAGGCCACUUCAGGCCCCCUAAAUGUCUUCGGAGUGACUGCUAAGCAGAACCACGGCCCAUCCGACUGCCGAGCGGAGCGCCUCGUAUAGACAAACGCAGAGCCCGGAAAAACCUCACCUUCAAAAACGUCCCUCAGAGACCUUAAAAAAAAUCGAUUUCCGACCAGGACGACGGCAGCGGUGUGGUGGAAAUAAUAAUCCUAAAGUAAUAAUAGUGGUAUUUAUUCUCUCUGUUUGCACAGCAAAGGCAGCUGGUGGACACGGAAGAUGUGCUGAUGGCGUUCACUGCAGCAGGGCCGACAUUUGGACUUGUCUGAAAGGCAAACAUGUUGAACUGUCCCGUGCGUGUAUUCAAACUGUAUUUUAAGGAGUCAGUUCAACCCCCCCCCCAAGGGUGUUUUGCUCAAAAGGCAAAACCGAAAAAAAAAAAUGCACUUGACGUAAUGAAGGGCGGUAGCAAGACAUGACUUGGUAUCGUAGAAAGGUCAAAAACAACAAGUACUGAUAAUAAAGUUCAAUCAGGCCAGUUCCCCCCGUCUGUAUUUCUGCAGUUCUCCUGCACAAUCAUUGCACUGUACACACUUGUCCACCCUGCGCUGUCUGUGAAAGGUUAUAAAUAGAUUUCAUUUUAGUGAAUGAGAAGAAUAAGUAGCCAGUGCUGAAGUUAAGUGUUGUUCUGUAAAGGGCGUUUGUCUAUCCCCCCCCCCCCCACCCCCAGACCCUCGUGUCCGUCCUAGUCAGCCAACAAUGCCACUAAUUCGCUUGAAUGCUCGUCGUUAGCUCCUGUCUCUUUCAUUUUAGACAAUCAUGAUUUUUUUUUUUUUUUGCUUUCUUUGUAUUUUCUUUGUCGGUGUCGUCGUCGUCGUUGUUUGCUGUUGUAUGUUGACGAUUGUAUUUAUUUCUUGGCAAACGAUGUAGUUUGUUUACUGAAUAGCACUGCUCCAAGCCCGAGUGAUGGGAGAUUCCUCAGCGGGCCCAAUCGUUGACUUCGUUUUGUUUUUUUCUCUCUAGAUUUGAGUGCCAGAUAGUAUUGAACUUUCAACUCACUCCUUAUUCUUUUAAUGGAACCGGUUCAUGAAUAGAUGUUAGGUUUUUUUUUCUAUGACAAUUGUAAAAAAUACAAAAUAAAAAAAAUGUUACGCGACAAAAAAACAACAACCCUGGCAUCAGUUUGUUUCAUAAGCGCAUGAUUUGUGUUGACUUUUUCUACGGUUGUCUGCAAGCUCGUGUGACGUUCAGUUCUUGUUAAAUAAACCUUUGUGCCAAACGUAUCAUUUUCAAAAAACCUGUUCAUUUAUUCUCCCGUUUUGAGGGACCAGAUUUUGGUUUUUUUUGUCGUCCUUGUUUAUAACCAAUUUUAAAGAGUAAUCGGCAAGUUGAGGUACUUUUGUUUCAAUGCUUUUUACAAUGUAACUGUUAUGCAUUUCAAUUCAAAUACUGUGGGAGGAACAACUAAAUAAAG